AUGAUCUCCACAGCGGUGACGGGCUUCGCGGCAGCUGCACAGGCUGCGGCGACUUUCCUGUUUACCUGGCGCAUCAUGAAGACCGUCGAGCAGGAUAGUGAGGAGCUCACCAAGUACCGAGAGGAACAUGCAGCCGUGGCGGCCCUGACAGCUAAGGAAGCGGACUACAUGAAGGCUUACAAUGACGCAUCGAAAUGGGAUGUCAUGACCUGCAUCCAGCAGAUGAUUCUUCUUCUAGCUGUCUUCCUGAUGCUGCUUGCAGGCUUUCUCAUAGCAGCGGACUUCAUGCUCGCCGAAAAGUUUUGCUUCCGCAACUUCGAUAUCACCAGCAAAAUCUCCGACCCCUUCAACCUUGGAGGUUUAGACAACAAUGCCCUGAAUUUGGUGAUCGUCCCAGUGGGCUGGCUGGCCUUGGUGAUCACCGUAGUUGCAGUGGUGGGCCAUGUGGUCUUCAUGCGGAUCAUGGCGUCAGCGGCCAGAGCAAAAUUGGAAGCCAGCCUUGCACACCAGGUGGACGGCCAGCCCACGCCAGACACCAUUGGAAAGUCGGCAGCGCCACCACCGACGUCUGCAGCGCCGAAGUCCAAGACGGGGAAGAAGCGAACCAUUAGUCGGAAGACGAAGACGUGCGAGCGAUACUUCGCGAGCGAUUCUGACCUGCAGCCACGUGAGGCACUGUCCCGGUUGAAUUUGAUCGGACUGAGCUUGAUUGGCUCGCUGCUUAGAGAAGAUGGUAGCACUGUUGAUGCGGGAGCCACAUCGCGGUUGCAUGGAGGUGGGAAAGGCACAGGAAAAGGGGGAAAGGACAAGGCCGUUGAAAGAGGCAGAAAGCCGAAAGGGAAAGUCCUCAGAGCAAAGAGGGAAGACAGCAGAAAGAGUGUCAAGCCAGAGAUGGCCGAGACUCCCAGCAAGGCGCGCAAGGUUCACCAAUUUGCUUGUGACUUUGGGGGGCCAGAAUGCAAGGGGAAGGCGGUGAAAUCCGGAAAGAAUGGCAAGAAGCUUCAGAAAGAAGGCACCAAGAAGCUCACAGGGAAGGAUGCCAAGACUGCCAAGACCAAGAACCUGCGCAAGGUCCUGAAGACGUUGAAACAAUCGAAAAAGUUCAUGAAGCAGACCGCCCGUGUGGUGUGUCCAGGCAGCCUGACCGAGCGCUUCAUUGCUUGUGGGCGCUCCACAACUCACAGCUCACUGACAGCCUUUGAGCGCGGCUUAUUGGCCAGUGGACCUUUAAGUUGGCGCUGGCUGCGGGAAGAGGACGAAGACCUCCAAGCACCGAGCUCGGUCGUGGUGGACGAGGAGGGCCAUCGCUGGGCUCUCCGAGAGAUGGAGAUGACUUCGGCCGAUGCCCAGAGGCUGCGCCGCAUGGACUCGUACUUGCAGGAGGCCUUGUGGCCAGCAUGCCCUGCACGUGUGUCUUUGGCCGAACGGCUCCUGAGCCCCAAGGCGCGACGCCGGCGCUGCGAGCGCUACCUGAAGGAGGCGACCCAUCGAGCCGUGGGCCGUCGGAGUCUCCUGGAGUGA